AUGUUGUUUAUCUGCCGCUGCCAGCGACGGAUCAGAUUGAUGAUGAUGAAGAUCCUAGGAGAGCUGGCCCUUGUGGGGGCCAUAGCGUCGGUGUUCAUCGUCGCUGCGCAGGGUCGCGCCGCUGAGCGGGCGGCGGAGGAGGCAGCGGGCAGGGAGUAUAUAAGGACACUCGAUGAGCUCACGUCCAAGGCAAGGAACAAAAGGGUCAUCGCCAACUGGAACUAUGAGAGCAACAUAACAGCUUAUAAUGAGGAAGUACAGAUGCAAGUAUACCUAGAGGUGGCCGAAGAGGAGAAGGAGUAUUGGAAAGAGACAAUGACGUACUUCUGGCGCGAGUUUGAAGAUGAGGACUUGAAGAGGAUGUUCAAGAAAUAUUCGCAGUUAGGGACGUCCGCGCUGCCAGAGGAUUUGAACCAGAGGCUCAUACAAGCCGUCAAUAACAUGCAGGCGACUUACGCUAAAGCAACUAUCUGCGAUUACAAAGACAAGACGAAAUGCGAUUUGCACGUUGAACCUGAAGUAACGGAUAUAUUCGCUAACAGUGAAGACCCUGAAGAACUGAAGUACACUUGGGUAGAAUGGCAUAAGGCAGCCGGUGCACCUUCUAGGGGCAAUUUCACCGAAUACGUUGAGAUGGACAAUGAAGCGGCAAAGUUAAAUGGCUACGAUACCGUAGCGGAAUGGUGGCUGGGCGAAUACGAGACAGCGGACAGUGAGGAUCAGUUCAUUGCGCUGUGGAAACAGGUGAAGCCUCUGUACCAACAGAUCCACGCUUACGUGCGUCGACACUUGAGGCUGAAGUACGGCGAGGACGUUGUCUCCGCGAAGGGGCCGCUACCAGCUCAUUUACUUGGCAACAUCUGGGCACAAACAUGGGGUGGCGUUGAGAAGUUCACCAGGCCAUACCCCGACAAACCGGACGUCGAUGUGACUGCUGCUUUAAUUAGCCAGAAUUACACGGCGCUCAAAAUGUUCAAAACUGCCGAGGAGUUUUUCACAUCGCUAAACUUGAGCGGAAUGCCAGAUUUGUUUUGGGAGCGAUCGAUCAUAGAGAAGCCUGACGAUGGACGUGAGAUGGUGUGCCACGCAUCGGCGUGGGACUUCUUUGAUGGUGAAGAUUUCAGGAUAAAACAAUGCACAACCAUAACGAACGCUUUCUUCAAGACCACUCAUCAUGAGAUGGGCCACAUUCAGUAUUACCUGCAAUACAAAGAUCAACCUGUUAUCUAUAGGGAAGGAGCUAAUCCAGGGUUCCACGAAGCAGUUGGCGAUGUAAUUGCAUUGUCGGUAUCAACACCAAAGCAUUUGCGAGUGAUGGGAUUAUUGGAGGAUGGCCCAGAUGAUAUUGAGUCUAACAUAAAUCAACUCUAUAAAAUGGGCUUGGACAAAAUAGUGUUCCUACCCUUCGCCUACAUCCUCGACUUGUUCCGCUACGGCGUUUUCCGCGGGACGACCACGCCGGACAACUACAACUGCCACUUCUGGCAACUGAGGGAAGCUAUCCAGGGCGUGGAGCCGCCAGCGCCGCGAAGCGAGCAAGACUUCGAUCCCGCUGCGAAGUACCACAUCGCAGCUGACGUUGAAUAUAUGAGAUAUUACAUAUCGUACAUUAUCCAGUUCCAAUUCCAUCGUUCGCUGUGCCAAUUGGCCGGCGAGUAUACGCCGGGUGAUUCUGACAAACUGUUGUCAAACUGCGACAUUUACAAGAGCACAGCCGCCGGCAACGCUUUAGGAAAAAUGCUGCAACUGGGCUCGUCCAAGCCUUGGCCGGACGCUAUGGAGAUGCUGACUGGCCAACGUAACAUGGACGCCAGUGGGGUCCUGGAGUACUUCCAGCCGUUGCAUGACUGGCUCAAAGCGGAGAACGAGAAAACUGGCGAAUACAUUGGCUGGGAACCGAGUACAGUUCAAUAUUGCACGGACGAACAACGCGCAGAAAUGGAGAUCUCGGAAUUCAAGAAGGGCUUGGAUAAAAUCACCGGU